UUGGGGUAAGGGGGGGUCCCACCUCCUAAGACUGUGCUGAGCAGAAAACUUGCUCCUGCCCAUCAGAAGGCCUGCAGUCAACAUGGCAAUGCGGGAGCUGGUGGAGGCAGAGUGUGGUGGGGCUAACCCACUCAUGAAGCUGGCAGGUCAUUUUACCCAAGACAAAGCCUUGCAGCAGGAAGGGCUGCAUCCUGCCCCCUGGCCCCCAGGAACCCCAGCACCCGAAUCAGUAAGUAUUUUCGAAGUGGGAAGCACAGGUUGGGUCUCCAAGCCUUUGGGAGUGGCUUCUGAAAAUGAGUUGGUGGCUGAAUUCCUUCAGGACCAAAAUGCCCCACUUGUGUCCAGGGCUCCCCAGACCUUCAAGAUGGAUGACCUGUUGGCAGAAAUGCAAGAAAUUGAACAGUCUAGCUUCCGCCAGGCUCCCCAGAGAGCCCCAGGUGUGGCUGACCUAGCAUUAUCUGAGAACUGGGCCCAAGAGUUCCUGGCAGCCGGAGAUGCAGUGGACAUAGCUCAAGAUUAUAAUGAGGCUGAUUGGUCUCAGGAAUUCAUAGCUGAAGUUACAGACCCCUCAUCGGUGUCCCCUGCCCGCUGGGCUGAGGAGUACUUGGAACAGUCAGAAGAGAAACUCUGGCUAGGAGAGCCUGAGGGAACAACCACCACUGACCACUGGUACAAGGAAUAUCUUCCUGAUGAAGAUCUGCAGUCCACUGCCAAUGACUUCGUGGCCAAGGUUGAUGACCCUAAACUAGCUAACUCUGAGUUCCUGCGAUUCGUGCGACAGAUCGGAGAGGGGCGGGUGUCCUUGGAUGCCAAUUCGGGGUCCAGCCGGGAGCAGGCAGAACAGUGGGCUGCAGAGUUUGUACAGCAGCAGGGCACAUCAGAUGCCUGGGUGGACCAGUUCACACGGCCAGCAAACGUGCCUGUCCUAGAUACAGAAUUUGAAAGGGCCAAAUCAGCUGUAGAGUCUGAUGUUGACUUCUGGGAUAAGCUGCAGGCAGAAUGGGAAGAGAUGGCAAAACGGGAUGCUGAGGCCCAUCCAUGGCUCUCAGACUAUGAUGACCUCACGUCUUCCUCCUAUGAUAAGGGAUACCAGUUUGAAGAAGAGAACCCACUUCGGGAUCAUCCCCAGCCUUUUGCAGAGGGGCUGCUACGGUUACAGGAGGGGGACCUGCCAAAUGCUGUCCUCCUCUUUGAGGCAGCAGUGCAGCAGGAUCCUGAGCAUAUGGAGGCCUGGCAGUACCUGGGUACCACCCAAGCAGAGAAUGAACAGGAGCUGCUGGCUAUCAGUGCCCUCCGAAGGUGUCUGGAGCUAAAGCCAGAUAAUUUGACAGCACUAAUGGCCCUAGCUGUGAGCUUCACCAAUGAGUCCCUGCAGCGCCAGGCCUGUGAGACCCUGCGGGACUGGCUACGAUACACACCUGCCUAUGCCCACCUGGUGGCACCUGCUGAGCAGGGAGCCGGUGGGGCAGUGUUGGGUCCGAGCAAGCGUAUCCUGGGUUCUUUGCUGUCUGACUCCUUAUUUGUGGAGGUAAAGGAGUUGUUCUUAGCAGCUGUACGACUUGAUCCUGCCUCCAUUGACCCUGAUGUGCAGUGUGGCCUUGGGGUCCUUUUCAACCUGAGUGGAGAAUAUGACAAGGCAGUGGACUGCUUCACGGCUGCCCUCAGCGUUCGCCCUAAUGACUAUUUGCUGUGGAAUAAACUGGGAGCCACACUAGCUAAUGGAAAUCAGAGUGAAGAAGCAGUGGCUGCCUACCGCCGGGCCCUGGAACUACAGCCCGGUUAUAUCCGUUCCCGCUAUAACUUGGGGAUAAGCUGCAUUAAUCUUGGGGCCCACCGAGAAGCGGUGGAACACUUCCUGGAGGCAUUGAACAUGCAGCAGAAAAGCCGAGGUCCCCGGGGCAAAGGAGGCGCCAUGUCAGAGAACAUCUGGAGCACUCUGCGCAUGGCCCUGUCUAUGCUGGGCCAGAGUGACGUCUACGGGGCAGCAGAUGCUCGGGACCUUCCCACGCUACUGCGCACCUUUGGCCUGGCCCAGUGACAGUGGGAUGGGCUUCCCUGUGAGUGUUCUCCCUGAGGCGUCCCCGCUCCUGCCGUGACUCCCUCCCUCCCAAAGGGUCUCCCCGGGGGUGGGCUGAUAACCACAUGCGGUACGGCUUCUCAGGAGGUGCCGGGGAAGGGGAGAAGGGAAGAGGCAGGCCAUCAGGAUUCCAGUCUCCAGUUAAUUGUGGGGAGCUGAGCCUGUCUUUUUCCUGGGUCCCUCUCGGCAAUUAGAGGGUCUCCUAUCAAGCUAUAUAUCUAUCUCUCUGAUCCUUGUGCCCUGCCUUCUUGGAUCCUUGUUUGGGGAGGGCACAACACCACAGGGCAGCCCUCUGCCAACAGCCCCUUAUUGUAGAACCUGCCACACACGCAACGAUCCCUGCUCCCGUUCCCUUGUACUGGGAGUCUUAGCUCCCCCUCCACCAUCAAUCCCUGUAUAUUUCUGAUCAGGGUGGCCCAUGGGAGUGAAGUAUUUGGCCUAGUGGAGGGGAAGGGUCUGUAGGGUUUUUCUGCAGCUGUGUUCCUUUGGAGCUGCCCUGGCGGUGGGGUUAUGAGCAUGAGGCUGCAUGCACUGGUGUGUUCAUAAUAGGGCUGCUAAAAAAAAAAAAAAGAAAUAAAAAAACUCAGGGGUGUAUGUCAAGGGAUUAGAGAAAACCAGUGCUCUGGGUUUAGAGGCUCAAAGCAUGCUGUGGAGUGAGUCUAUAUGAUAAUUUGGGUCUAGAUAUAAAAUGAAUUAGAACAAGGAGCACUUUAGUGGGUGUGGGAGAGGGGGUAAGAAGACCAUCUGGAGGGAGCAUUUGGGUCUAGCUCUGAGGCCUCCAGUGAUUAUUAGGUUGUGAGAAGGGUUAUGGUUGGGAAUUGACUUGUCCAUUUCCCUGGGAACAGGUCCUAGAAGUAGAACACUUGCCAAAUUCCUAGAAGCGUGGGUGUGGCAAUGCAUUUCUCUUUCUAUAUUCCCAUUUUCUCACUUCACUGGCUGCUUCUGGGAGUGGGGAGAAGAGCAACUCUACUUCCUCUUCCCCAUCCCUGCCACUUUUUUAUAAGGUAAAGUCAGGAAGGCUCAGGCUAACCUCUAAUACCUGUACUGCCCCUUGUAGGGAGAAAACCCCUACUCCCUGAAAUGAAGGUUAAAACCUUGUCAGUACUUAAUGAUCAGAAAAAAGAAAUUUUAAUUUUCUUUGUUUUUUAAACCAUCUUGCUCCCUAGGUUCUAUCCUAGAGUUUUAUUUUUCUUUAUAUAAAUAUGUGUAUAUGAUUUUGUCAAAAAAUGGUUUUUAAAUAAAAUUGUAAAAUAU